UGGAACCAAUUGAUGCGAUAUAUCGCAUGCCGCUCUGACUCAAAAUAUGGCGUCCAUCGAAUCACCUUAAUGGCUGCUUUCUGAAUUUGCCUAUGGUUAGCCUUGAAAUUAAAAUGGUUCUAUUCUUUUUCAUUUAUACUGCGCAAGAAGUCCAUCAAUAAUUUGUGAUUGUAUAGUACCUACGUUUACUUCAAGUUCCAUUUUAAUUGAAGUCAACUUUGUGACCUCUACGGAGCCCCUCACAUCAUUCGAACUUCUAUCCUUCUCUUGCGUUGCAGUUUUUCUGUUGAAGGGCUGUAUUCCAUCUCCGCAAUUGAGAAUAUUUCUAAUGCUGAGCAAAUUGCCGAGUUAAAUUUUGCAAUAGCUGAUGUGGCUUGGUGGCUUUCUGCUUAACGCGGUCCAAUAAUGCGAUGCGAAAGUUUUUGCCGAUAGAUUGAAAGGGUCCGUUCUGGUUCAAGGACAAAUUUCUCGGUUUUAGCGUUUUAAUGAUUUUCAUGUCUAAAUUGCUAAUGCUGUGCAUUGUUUGCCCGCAGAUCACUAAAUUUUGUUGAAUUGAAGAAUUAAAGGAGAAAAGAAAGCCAGGUAGCUUCAAAGUGAAAGCAAUAACCUAAAAUAUGGGAUCUGCCUCACAACCUGUAGACUCCAAUGUCCGUCCUGCUGAGAAUUUACACCUUUUAGCGCUAUGAUCUAGGUUUUCCUUGAGAAAAAGAGUUGAAGACUCAUUACUUGAAAAGUGUGGCAUUUAAAUCUUCGACUAAAGGUCUUGUUAUUAGUCAAUAUGAGCAAAAAAUUUUCCUGCUACCUGUCGAGCUCAGGCAAACGGUAUCGCUUUGAACGACAGCAAAGGAAUCACCCAGAGACAGAUAGCGAGAUGGAAGACGCAACGUCCGAAACUUCAAGUCAAUGUGACUCUGAAAACAAAUCUUCCUCUUCAACUAUUGAUGAGCCAAAUCUAGACUUCCCUAGCUCCGCUCAUAGUGCAGACAAUAGUGGAACUUCUCCCUUUGUUGAAGAGCACAUUCCACCCUUAGAUAAUGACUACCAUCCUCCCCUUUUUGAUGACUUUUCAUCUGAUGAAUCAGAAGUCUCCUCAACUCGUUCAACAGGUGAACAAGCUUCAGAUGAAUCGAGUGUUGAUGUAGAUGUUGAGUCUUGUCAUGGUGAGGAGCCUCAUCAGGAUGAGGCAGAUAAUCCUUGCUUACGGGUUGAAAAGUUUUUGACUGACUGGGCCUUCGAAACAAGCAUUAAUCAGAAGCAACUGACUAGUCUUUGUCAUGGAUUGAAUUCGGCGCAUCCCGAAUGUUUCUCCAAGCUGCAUUUAGAUGCACGUACAUAUUUUAAGACACCGCGAGGUAAAACUAAUGCCCGAGAAAUGAAUACCCUCAAUUCAGAAUCAAAAGGGAAAUACAUACAUAUUAGCAUGAGAAAACAGUUGGAAACGCUAGUUUUGUUGUUACCUGCCCAUGUUACAGAAUUGAUUUUGAUCAUAAACAUUGAUGGUUUGCCAUUAAUUAAAGGCGGAGUGCACGAACUUUGGCCUAUCCUUAUGAGAUUACUUCUGUUGGGAAUUUCAGUUCAAGUCAUGCCAGUUGGAUUGUACUACGGCCCAGGCAAACCUGCUGAUAAUGAUGAAUUCCUCCGAGAGUUCGUGGAAGAAGUGAAAGUUUUAGUCCAGGAUAAUUUAGAAGUCAACGGCAAGACUUAUAAAGUCAUUGUACCUGGCUUUACAUGCGAUAGCCCUGCCAAAGCAUUAUUGCUCGGCAUUUGCUAUCCGAAUGGCUAUUUUUCCUGUACAAGAUGUCAUAUCGAAGGAGAAGAUUUAAAAAUAACAACUGUCCGAGGCGAGAAUGUGAAAGUAACUCACAAACGAGUUUUCAUUGAUACCAACUGUCGUCCAAGAACUGAUGCGGAAUUCAGAACCAGAACUGACACGGUCUAUCAACCUGCAGGACGAGGGACUCCUCUUGUCGAAAUUCCAGGCCUCGACAUGGUCAAAGGGAUUUUUGUUGAUUACCUUCAUCUGGUGUUGCACGGGACCAUGAAGUACUUCUUGACUUUUUGGUUCGGAACAGAGCCCUCAAAAUUUAAACUUUCAGCCACUGCCAAGUCAAGAGUCUCCCGCGGAAUCAGGAAACUGAAUGCUGAUGUGCCGUGCGAGUUUGCAAGACAAAAGCCUCGUGAAUUAAAAGUGCUCGCAUUCUGGAAGGCAACAGAAUUUCGUUUUUUUUUGUUGUAUUUAGGACCCGUGCUGUUGAAAGACGUUCUCCACAAGCAACAGUACGAUCAUUUCAUCAUGUUACAUUUAGCCAUAACAAUAUUAGUAAGCCCAAAGUACUGUUCCAAUGCUGAACAGAUUUCUUAUGCCAAAAAUUUGUUAAAAAGCUUUGUAGAUUUUGCUCCGGAAGUCUAUUCUGAAAUCAUUAUGGUCCAUAAUCUCCACAAUUUGAUCCAUUUAGCGGAUGAUGUAACUUACUUCCAGCAAUUCUUCCCUGGCGUCACUCUUGAUACAAUCUCUACUUUUUGGUCUGAGAAUUUUCUUCAGCAAAUGAAGAAAAUGAGCAAAGCCCACAGCAAAAAAUUAGAGCAAAUUGGCAAAAGAAUUGGCGAAGCUUUUCAGAGUGCGUUUAUGCAAGGUAAAAGAGUGACAGUUCUGUCCAAAGAUGUUACAUUUAAAGAUAUCCAUACUGAUGGGCCAUUGCCAGGAAAAUGCCGAAGUCCUCAAUAUAGAACCAUACUAUUCUCCAGCUUUAAAAUCACAACUAAAAGAUCUGCUGAUAGCAUCUGCUUGUUGGAUACUGGAGAAGUGAUGUGUGUCGAAAAUGUUGCGUUUAACGAAGAGCUUCACGAUUAUGUUGUGAUAGGUAACCUUUUUACUGGUCUAUCAGAUCUUUACUCGACUGUUUGCAACAGCUCUAGGUAUGGAAUCUAUACAGCAAGCGGAUUGUCGCCUGUCCUCAAAGUUUAUCCUGUUACUGGAAUUGUGGGCAAGUACAUUCAAUUCCAUGAUGAUGACAAAGAUGGCUUCUUUUUGUUUCCUGAAAUACACACACUGCAGUAAUUAUGGAUCAUGGCUGCUGAAGUUAUAGUGCAAGCAGAUUUUCUUUAUGCUCAUCUCUAUUCGCUGACCUUAAGUUUAAGUUGACCUGCUUAUCGGAAUUCCUGGCUACAUAAUGUGAUACGAUGGUCAAGUCGCCUCAAUUCUCACAAUUUACUGCUGAAAAAACCUUUAUUGCGUCUUUUCAUAUUCCUGGCAAAGAGUUUACGAAUGAACGUUUUUCUUCAAAGAGCCCAGCCCACGAGUCAUUGGGUGCCAAACUAUUCACUCCUAAAUGGUGAACAACAGCUACACAUGCCAUUACGUCAUCUUUAGGUACAUCAUUUUAUUCCCUCACUUUAGUCAGAGAUUGAUAGAAUGUUCAAUCCUGUGAUGUAUUGAAUGGUGUGAAAGUGGUAGAAAUUGUUUUAUUUUGGUGGUGGAAAGCCCUAUCUCCUUAUUAUUUUUUUAUCUUUGAGAUGCAAACUUUGAACAUCUCUUGCUCCAUCCUAUCUUCUUUUAUGAUGUACUAUCAUGAGAAAAAUGGGCCUAAAGACAAAGCUUUUAAGUGUAAAACUGAGAGGUUCAGGUUCAAUGCUGCACCAUGAUUUCAAUUCGAUCCUUGCCAAAUUUCAUGCUCCCAGAUCUGUACAUAAAAUCCCCUCUGCAUCUAGAAACUGUAAAUAACUCCCAACAACAAGGUCUUGCUGGCACCAAGACUUUUCAAUUUUUAAAGUAUCUUCCACUGCAAUAAUGUCGGCUAUAUUUUCAUAUUCGAUGCUAUGUUGGAAUAUGGUGGACUUAACCCACCCUCCUACCUAAUGCAGAAUUUCUAAGUCGGAGGAAGUUUAAAAACUUGGGUAUUCUUCGCGUAUUUUCAAUCCUUGCAAUCUGACUUCUUUGUUGCUCAGUAUUUCACAUCAUCCUCUGAGCAGAAUGAGUUUUGAAGGCGGAAUCUUCAGUUCAGUGCAUGUGAAUGAUUACUUUCGACUUUUUCUUCAAUACCUUUUUUUAACGCACACUACCCUGGGUGUCUGUGUACAGUUUAAGCACAUAUCUCGGGUUUCGAGUAAAGGGCUUGAUGGGGAUCAAUGCUCUUUGCUUAUGCCUAUCUUUUCUGUGAUUAAUCUUCGAUAUCUCUGCCUUGCAAUUUGGCCCAAUUUAAGUCACCAGAAAUAACUAGUGCUUUUUUAUUCUUAGGCCCUCAUCUAACCGCCGCAAUUUCUUAGAAACCUAUUUCAAUCAUCCAAUAAUAUAAUGCUUUACUUUCUGCUCGGUGUUUUCUUUAUUUCUUGGCGUAGGUGAUGACUUAGAGAAGGGUUGAAUUUUCAUUUUCUUGUUUUUUGUUGGAAUCCCACGGUUAUUUUCAAAAUAUUUUCUCAUUACUUUUUCAACAAAUUUGACAGCUCUUUCUGGUAUUUGACAUUUAUUCUUUUUUCGGGGUACAGUUCUUUCUGUCAAGUAAUGACCUAUUUCACAAAAUUAUGAAUACCAUGACCGUGAUCGGCUCAUGAAUUACUGUUAAAAUAGUACAGUGCAGCCACAUUAAUGAUUCUAGCCAUGAUAAUGUGCAAGGUGAAACAGGUACUUAAUAGGUGUAAUAUGAAUCCUCUCUGAAGAUAAUCAAAACUUAUUUAUGUUUAUUACAGUGACCAAAGUUAAUUCUAAUAUCACCUUCAGGCUAACAAGGGCUCUGGAACAGUUCAAAAUAUAGCUGGCCAAUUGAGGUCUCGUCACCUUACUGAGAGCCAUUCCAUUUAUAUCUUCUGCCCCUCAAACUCAGCAAGCAAUUCUUGGACUGUAAUGCUCUCCUUUUUUUAUAAGUGUUGUAAAUUGUUACUAUCUCUGAUUUAAUUUUCAUUUUUAUUUCAGGAAGUUUGGUACAUCGUGAAAAUAGCAAAUCCAAAAUGCGACGACUUAGAUGUUAUUCCAAGUAAUUGGCUUGUAGA